AAUCCCAAUUUUUAUAUAUUCUGGAUUACUUUCCAAAAUGAGAAGGAGAAGUGUCCUCCCACUUGUUGGCCUCAUCCUUGUUCUUGGUUUCCAGCAUGUAAUCUCAGAAUCUCUUCUAUUAAUGGAUGAUCACGGGGAGUGUGGAUUCUCCAGUGACGAGGAAGAUUUGUGUGCCUCAUAUUGCCAUAGGUCCAUGAAACUCGGUCUAGGUUACAUUAUUGAGUUGAAAGAAAAAAUCAAAAUACUCGAAGAGAAUCAAUCAAAUAGUCAGCUAAGCAAAGCAGUUGAGAAUUUGCAAAGUAAAAUUGAUCAACAGAAUAUACAGAUAGCUAAUAUUAACGAUUUUAUCACAAACUCAGUCAGGCAGAAAGAGGUGGAAGAGAAAGCCAAAUCUCAAACUGAGAUAGACAAAUAUAAGAGACAAGUAGAACAAUUGAAAAAGAAUUUAGAAAAUGUUCAACGUCAAGCAGCAAAAGAUAAGGAAGAAAGCUUAGCUGAACAAAGAAAUAGAAAUGGAGAAAUAGACAAUCUAAAAGAAAAAUUAGCUACCCAAAAAUCAGAUUUAGAUAAAACAGUUAAAGACCUCGAGUCGAAAAAGAAGGAAUUGGAAGAAUAUCAGAUUAAGGAAAAGAAUUCCAGCAAGAAAAUUGAAGAAUUAAAUUCUAAAAUCUCAUCCUUACAGAAAAAGUUUGAAGAAUCUGAAACUCAGUUAACUGAUUCGAAUCAUUUAGUUGAAAAACAUUCCCUACAACUAAGCCAAACUAAUGAAUAUUUAAUCGAGUGUCGGGGAAAACUACCAAAACCAAAUUGCAAAAGCCUCUCCUCGGGAAUUCAUGAAAUUGAAAUUUCCGGGAUUGAUCCGACUUGCGUUCUCUGCGAGGGAGAUGUAGAAGGUGGUGGAUGGAUAGUCAUUCAUAAACGAUUUGAUGGCAGCGUAGACUUUAAUAGAACUUGGACUGAGUAUCGUAAUGGGUUCGGAAAUAAGGAGGGAAAUUUUUACAUUGGUCUGGAGAAUUUGCAUCGUAUUACCAAUUCCCAAACCUAUAAACUUUAUGUCCAAUUGGAAUAUCACAAUGGAACUUUCGAAUUUGCUAGUUAUGAUAAUUUUAGAAUUGGCAACGAAACCACGAAAUAUAAAUUGGAGUCGUUAGGAGAGUUUAAAGGAACAGCUAAGGAUGCUAUGCAUUACAAUUUAAAGCAAGCAUUUUCCAGUUAUGAUCAAGAUAAUGAUCAUUCGUUUGUUGAUUGUGCUCAAGGGCAAGGAGCAUGGUGGUAUAAUUAUUGUGGCUAUAUCUACCUCAACGCAAAAUAUUUCAAUAGAGAAGUCCAGGAUUGUUCAAGUAUGAGCUGGUGGGACUGUAUUUCUCUCAAAUCUGUCCAGAUGCUUAUCCGGCCUAGAUAAAGAUGGACUUUAUCUCAAAAUUAAUAAAAACCAUAACAAAACUAUGACAAAAAAAAAAAAACUUAUAUUUCAGCAACAAAACAAAUAAUUUUCAAACAUAUCUUCUGGACGGACCCAAUCUUGAGUGAACAAUUUCUAUUUUCUGUUUUGUCUCACGGUUAGAUGACACUGACUGUCUGCCUAAAAAAUUGUUUACUGUAGUUCAAAUGCAAAUAUAAUCUUACU